CACGAACUGGCCAUUCAAUAAGAAGAAGAGGAAGAUGGAUUUCCUGAGCUUAAUACUGGCCCUGUCCUUUGUAGAUUUUACUACUUCUUUUCAACAAGAUGUACACGCGUCAACAGGCUCAUGUCCAGAGAAAGUGUGCGGAGUUGUAAACGCUAAAGAAGUAAACUAUACAAGCUAUAGCUACAAAAGAGCCACCGAGGGUUCAGCUCCAUGGGCAGUCCGUUUGUAUCACAUAAGAAAACGGAUCUUUUUUUGUGGGGGUAGCAUACUGAAUUAUGAAUGGGUUGUUACAGCUGCUCAUUGUCUAGAGAUUAUACACGGACCUGAGGAUAUUUCAAUUACAAUCGGUGAUUAUGACGUACGGCAUAAAGACCCAGACGAAGAAAUAUUAAAUGUGUCGCGCAUAAUUACCCAUCCAGAAUAUAACAAAACCAGUUUCAACAAUGACAUUGCCCUAAUUCGGUUAUCGAGUGGAAUUCGUCGUUUUACAAAUCACGUGAGACCGGUCUGUUUGCCGAGCGUGUGUCUCGCAACAGAUUUAAAGAUACCUCAUGCUCUUAUGCGAUUCAACGGCUGGGGUAAAAGUAGCAAGACUGGAUAUUUUCCAAUGUAUAUGAAAGAAAUCACUUUAGUUUUCUUGGAAUUUACGGCUUGUGAAAAAUCAGUGAAACGAUAUACAGAAAAUAUGAUAUGUUUAGACCAUGCUGACGACGGAUUUGGCAGUUGCAGUGGCGACGGUGGCACUGGACUUGUACGUAAAUACUUGGGUCGAUGGUACCUGGUUGGUAUCAAUAGCUGGGGUGAAGCCUGUGGUGUACCCGGUAAUUACGAUUUCUUUACAGAUGUUGUUAAAUUUAGAAAGUGGAUUAUUAAGAACGUAAAUGAUGGAUAAGCUUAUGGUGACAUUGUGCAGCUACAAAAACUGUCUGGUUUACUGCUAAAAGAAUUCUGAUGUAUUACUAUAACAAAUUACAUAUUGUUUCAAACAUAUUGUUAAAAAAGUCUAAAACUAAAACGUAAAAAAAAAACCCAUAAUAUUUACCUUAAUAAUAAUAAUAAUAAUAAUACUAUAUAGAACGUAAAACUAAAAUCGUCUUUUUAUUUAGUGCUGUAAAUUUUACAAAGUUUAAUCAUCAAAGGCGGAUUUCUAGUAAAAUGUCAAAAUUUUUCUAAGUACUUAAAUUUGAAAUGAACAUUUUCGAUAACCUGGCAACUACCACAGGGGACUUCCAGAGGCCUACGCAUUUUGCGCUGCGUAGUUACCAGUGUGCACGCGGCGGUCUAUUUGUCACACUAGCUAGCUGCUCAGCCUAGGCUAGGCCGCUGGGAGUCCCUAAAUAAACCCGAUAAAACGGUCUUAAUGGUGCUUUUUUAUGAAUUUGUGUGCUUUUUAAAUAUUUCUUGAUUCCCAAAUGUACUUGUUCAUUUUUUCGGAUGUUUUUUGUUUGACAAAUAUUGUAACAUCCAAUCUUGUUUUUUUGUUUGUUUGUUU